CAGCAGCCACGUCUCGCUCCAGUGGUUCAGGGAAAGCAGAGGGAACUCUUGAGCUCUUCAAAUCGAACCCACUCCACUGGGCAUCUCCCUUCCCUUCCCCUUGACUAACGAUCCCGUCUUGAUCAUCCUCGCUCUUUUCCGAUCCCUAGUUCUGUUUACGGAAGCCUAGGGCCGCCUGCGGUUGUACUGCUCUCCCUACGUUUUUUGGAGACUGGAGGUGGUGUUUUACGGUCCUGCAGCACGCUAAGGACUGUUGGAGCAGAUCUGAAGGAUCUGGAGGCUCCGGGAGCCGGUGACAGGAGAGUGCCCCCUCCCCCUGGGCGGGUGGGGGUAGGGAAAAGAGAAAGGGACUAGGCUUGGGGAAGGAGGCAGGGAGGCAGCUGCAGUGCUGUGAGGGGUGCGUGCGCGUGUGCCAAGCUUGCCCGCCGCCUCCUGGUUCAGUCUGCGAUCUUCAGUGCGUGGGACACAGGGCUCCAGGGGCUGGGAAGCAGGAGCGGCGCCCCUCGCCCUGGCCUCUGGUCCUCUGGGCGCCUAGCGGUCUUCAGGGCCAGAGCUCUUGGGGCGGGGCGCAGGACCCGGGCCGCGCUCUCUGCCCCGCUGCUUGCGCCCAGCCUGGCUCCCUCUCCAUUGAGUUUUCCCGAAGCGGGCGCCCAUCAAUGGUCCUGCUUGGGGAUGCACACGCAGCUCACGGCCGGAGGGGGGUAGCAGCCGCCGCCUCCAGGUACCGGCCCUCCUGGGUCUCUGCCACCACCCGCUGCUGCCGCUCAAGCCCCAGGCGCACUGAGGUCCUGGCUAUGGGGCUGCUGAGACUGCCUUUGCUGGCGUGAAAAGGGGCAACGAGCCGCCAGGCUCUGGGAUCCCCAGCUACCUGCAUGGAUGUCUUCAGCUUUGUGAAGAUUGCAAAGCUUUCCAGGCGAACAUUCUACCAACUGAAUGAGCUACAUCCCAGCCUCUUCAUAACACUUACUCACUAUGUGGCACUCUGCUGUUUUAUGAGACAGGCAUUAGUGUCCCUACUUACAGUUCAGGAAACUGAGGCACAGAGCAGUUCAGUGGCAUGAGGUCACACAGCUGCCACAGGACCAAGUCUUCGGGCUGGCCGCCUCCCUCAGGAACCUGGGCCUUGAACCAGGUACCACCCUAUGGAUGGGAGAUGAUGACAAACCGAGAUGGCCGUGACUACUUCAUCAAUCACAUGACACAGGCAAUCCCAUAUGAUGACCCUCGGUUUGACAGCUGCCAAAUCAUCCCUCCAGCUCCACGGAAGGUGGAGAUGAGGAGAGACCCUGUUCUGGGCUUUGGGUUCGUGGCAGGGAGUGAAAAGCCUGUGGUUGUUCGCUCAGUGACACCAGGUGGCCCCUCAGAAGGCAAGCUGAUCCCAGGAGAUCAGAUUGUAAUGAUUAAUGAUGAACCAGUCAGUGCUGCACCAAGAGAGAGGGUCAUCGACCUGGUCAGAAGCUGCAAAGAAUCGAUCCUGCUCACUGUCAUUCAGCCUUACCCUUCUCCCAAAUCAGCAUUUAUUAGUGCUGCAAAAAAGGCAAGAUUGAAGUCCAACCCGGUCAAAGUGCGCUUUUCCGAAGAGGUCAUCAUCAAUGGCCAAGUGUCGGAAACUGUUAAAGACAACUCACUUCUUUUUAUGCCAAAUGUUUUGAAAGUCUAUUUGGAAAAUGGACAGACCAAAUCCUUUCGCUUUGACUGCAGCACCUCCAUCAAGGAUGUCAUCUUAACCCUGCAAGAGAAGCUGUCUAUCAAAGGCAUUGAGCACUUCUCUCUCAUGCUGGAGCAGAGGACCGAAGGGGCCGGGACCAAGCUACUGUUGCUUCAUGAACAGGAGACACUCACUCAGGUGACACAGAGGCCUAGCUCCCAUAAGAUGAGGUGUCUUUUCCGGAUCAGUUUUGUCCCAAAGGAUCCCAUUGACCUGUUAAGGAGAGAUCCAGUCGCUUUUGAGUAUCUCUAUGUUCAGAGUUGUAACGACGUUGUUCAGGAGCGAUUUGGACCCGAGCUGAAAUACGACAUUGCCUUGCGGCUGGCCGCGUUACAAAUGUACAUCGCCACUGUCACCACCAAACAGACGCAGAAAAUCUCCCUCAAAUACAUUGAGAAAGAAUGGGGACUGGAGACAUUUCUUCCAUCUGCUGUGCUGCAGAGCAUGAAAGAGAAGAACAUCAAGAAAGCACUUUCCCACCUUGUCAAAGCAAAUCAAAACUUGGUACCACCGGGUAAAAAGCUGUCUGCAUUGCAAGCCAAGGUCCACUAUCUCAAGUUCCUCAGUGACCUGCGACUAUAUGGAGGCCGUGUGUUCAAGGCAACGUUAGUGCAGGCAGAAAAGCGCUCAGAAGUGACUCUUCUGGUUGGUCCCCGGUAUGGCAUAAGCCAUGUCAUAAACACCAAAACCAAUCUGGUGGCUCUUUUAGCUGACUUCAGCCAUGUCAACAGGAUUGAAAUGUUUACUGAAGAGGAGAAUUUGGUGAGGGUGGAGUUGCACGUGCUAGAUGUGAAGCCCAUCACACUCCUUAUGGAGUCAUCAGACGCCAUGAACCUGGCCUGUCUGACGGCUGGAUACUACCGGCUGCUUGUGGACUCCAGAAGGUCGAUAUUUAACAUGGCCAACAAGAAAAAUGCAGGCACACAGGACACAGGAACAGAAAAUAAAGGCAAGCAUAAUAUCCUUGGCCCUGAUUGGAACUGUAUGCCUCAGAUGACCACCUUCAUUGGCGAAGGGGAACAAGAAGCCCAAAUCACAUAUAUAGAUUCUAAGCAGAAGACAGUUGAGAUGACAGACAGCACCUUAUGUCCCAAAGAGCACCGGCAUUUAUAUAUCGACAACACAUACAGUUCAGAUGAACUUAGCCAACCACUGACUCAGCCAGGUGAUACCCCCUGUGAGGCCGACUACAGAAGCCUAGCUCAGCGGUCCCUGUUGACCCUCUCAGGACCAGACACUCUGAAGAAAGCACAGGAAUCCCCAAGAGGAGCUAAAGUGUCCUUUAUUUUUGGAGAUCUUGCCUUGGAUGAUGGCAUGAAUCCCCCAACUCUAGGCUAUGAAAGACUGUUAGAUGAGAAUCCAGAAAUGCUGGAGAAGCAGAGGAAUCUCUACAUCAGCAGUGCCAAUGACAUGAAAAACCUGGACCUCACUCCAGACACAGACAGCAUCCAGUUUGUGGCAAAUUCUGUAUACGCAAACAUAGGUGAUGUGAAGAACUUUGAGGCCCCUGCGGGGAUAGAGGAGCCCCUCUUACAUGACAUCUGUUAUGCAGAAAACACUGACGAUGCAGAAGAUGAAGAUGAGGUGAGCUGCGAGGAGGACCUUGUGGUGGGAGAGAUGAAUCAACCAGCCAUCCUUGACCUGUCAGGGUCAAGCGAUGACAUCAUUGACCUCACGAGCCUGCCUCCUCCAGAAGGCGAUGACAAUGAGGAUGACUUCCUCUUGCGUUCUCUGAACAUGGCCAUCGCUGCUCCCCCACCUGGCUUUAGAGACAGUUCUGAUGAGGAGGACACUCAGAGCCAGGCAACAUCCUUCCAAGAGGACAAGGAACAAGGCAGCAGCCUACAGAAUGAGGAGAUCCCUGUGUCCCUCAUUGAUGCUGUGCCCACCAGCGCAGAGGGCAAGUGUGAGAAGGGACUGGACCCUGCUGUCGUUUCCACACUGGAAGCCCUAGAAGCUCUUUCAGAAGAACAACAGAAGAGUGACAAUUCAGGUGUAGCCAUCUUGCGGGCUUAUAGUCCUGAGUCUUCAUCAGACUCGGGCAAUGAGACUAACUCUUCUGAAAUGACAGAGGGUUCUGAGCUAGCCGCAGCACAGAAGCAGUCGGAAAGCCUCUCGCGCAUGUUCUUGGCCACUCAUGAAGGCUAUCACCCUCUUGCAGAAGAGCAGACAGAGUUCCCCACCUCCAAAGCCCCCUCAGGGGGCUUGCCUCCAAAGUCCUCCCAUGGCCUGGCUGCUCGCCCAGCGACUGACCUCCCACCCAAAGUUGUGCCUUCCAAGCAGAUCCUUCACUCAGACCACAUGGAAAUGGAGCCAGAAACCAUGGAGACCAAGUCGGUCACUGACUAUUUUAGCAAACUGCAUAUGGGGUCAGUGGCAUAUUCCUGUACCAGCAAAAGGAAAAGCAAACUUGCUGAGGGAGAGGGGAAAGUCCCCCUGAGUGGGAAUGCACCAGGAAAAAAACAGCAAGGAACCAAAAUGGCAGAGAUGGAGGAGGACACCAAAGGCAAAGUUGGCACUGUGUCUUCAAGAGACAGUCCACACCUCAGCACUUUUAACCUGGAGAGAACUGCCUUUCGCAAGGACAGCCAAAGAUGGUAUGUGGCCUCUGAUGGUGGGGUGGUAGAGAAAAGUGGUGUGGAAGCACCAGCCAUGAAAACCUUUCCCAGAGGUCCAGGUCUGGGGAACAGGGAGGCUGAAGGAAAGGAGGAUGGCACUGUGGAAGGAGACACUGAUGAAGGUUCAGGACUUAACCAAGGGGACCGCUUCCUAACAGACAUGGCCUGUGUGGCCUCAGCCAAAGACUUAGAAAACCCUGAAGAUGCUGACUCGCCCACCUGUGACCAUGCCACUAAGCUUCCUGAGACUGAAGACAGUGUGGCCCGCCUUUGUGACUACCAUUUGGCCAAGCGGAUGUCAUCCCUGCAGAGUGAGGGCCAUUUUUCUCUCCAGAGCUCUCAAGGCUCUUCAGUGGACACAGGCUGUGGCCCAGGCAGUGGUAGCAGUACCUGUGCCACUCCUGUGGAAUCGCCCCUCUGCCCCUCCCUGGGGAAGCACCUGAUUCCCGAUGCUUCUGGGAAAGGUGGGAGUUACAUUUCGCCAGAGGAGAGAGUCACUGGCCAUCCCAGCCAUGGAGCCACCUUCAAGGAAUUGCACCCACAGACGGAAGGGAUGUGUCCGCGCAUGACAGUACCUGCUCUGCACACAGCCAUUAAUGCUGACCCCCUGUUUGGCACAUUGAGAGAUGGAUGCCAUCGACUGCCCAAGAUUAAGGAAACCACAGCUUUGACAGAGCCUGGGAAGGAGAGACAAGGAGGCAUGCCUUCAGCUUGGUCUCAACAUCCUGAAGCUGAUCCCAUCCUGCUACCAUCAAAUAUUCACUUGGAAUCAAAGGUGCCAAGCCCAAAUCAAGACCCUAAUGAUUUCUCCCAAGCAAACCAGGCAUUCGGAGAGGCUGUGAGCUGGUGGCCAGCGGAUCUGAGAGGGGGGAGCCUCAGGACACCCCCCAGCCAGAGGGCUCUCAGACAAAGCAGCAGUGUCCUCUCAGGACCCGUAGGUUUGGAGACCUUCCAAGAGAGAACCAAGGGUGCAGUCAGCUUGAAGUAUCCAGGUAUCACAGAAGCACAGGAAGCCAGUUCGGAAAGACGAACAGAACUCCCACUGGGGAAGAAGCUCACCAAAAGUUUUUCCCAAAGCUCGAUGCACUUUAUCUCUGAGGGAAAGUUUCACAAAAGGUCCCCAGUGUCUCAUAAAGACUCAAAGCUGUAUAGGACCCUACCCUUGCGGAAGCUGGAGGGCAGCAACUGGAGAUGCCGAGGACCCUUCAGCUACUGUUUUCUGAACCAAGGACAGGAUGAAGAUGGGGAUGAGGAUGAAGAGGAGGGGGAGGCCACCCUUCAGGUCUCUUGCCUCUAUCGACCACAGAUAACUCAAGCCAUGCAGGAACCAAGCAAGUCAUCCCUGGUUGUUGGACUGCAGAAACAAGGAGAACUAUGCAGAGGGCCAGUGCUGAAGGUCUGGACAGAAGACCCCAGUGGCCCAGAUGACUUGGAUUUCAGCAGUCUGGCUUUUGAUGCCCGGAUUGCAAGAAUAAAUGCCCUAAAGGCGAGCACAUAUGGAAUGCCCGAUGGGUUCCUCGAAGCCCAGAAUGAUGCCAAUGAGCUGCUCUGCCUUGUCAGGGCAACCAAGGCAAAGAGGGAGGAGUCAUGCCCUGAAGCAUAUGACCUUACACUUUCUCAGUACAAGCAACUGUUAUCCAUUGAGUCCAGACAGUUGGGAAGUGCCUGUAGGAAAAUGGCAAUGGCUGAGAAAAGCCCAGAAGAGAUGCUCCUAGCCAUGAGUUCCAGUUUUCAAGUGCUCUGUUGCCUAACAGAAGCUUGCAUGCGGUUAGUGAAAGUCGUGAACUCUGAAACACAGCGGCAGGAAAUUGUAGCGAAGAUUGAUGAGGUGGUCAUAAACUAUAUUUGUCUCCUGAAAGCUGCUGAGGCAGCCACUGGCAAGACCACUGGGGAUCCUAGUAUUGGACUAUCGAUGCGACAUUCAACCACCAUGGCCGCUCUUGUAAGCACACUAACACGUUCUCUCAAGAUGCUUUUAAAUAAAUAAAUAUGAAAGUCACAUCAUAAUCUACCUUUGCAAAGCCAUACAUGAACUUUUCUUUACUUUCUGUGUACAAUGAACAGAUGUCUCCUUUCUUCUCUCUGUAUAUUUUGUUCUUUUAUAUAAAAUAGGAGAUAGAAGUUACAUUGAUGAAAUGUUUGAAAUGUCCUAAUCAGAUGUAUUCUGUUUAUAUUAUACAUAUAUUACAUGUAAAAGGAAUAUAUGAGAAAAUGAUGGCAUUUGGCUAUUUUUCAUAUAGUCAAAACUCCAGGCAUAUGAUGUGAGAUUUUAAAUUCUACCAUGUUAGAGGAAAACAAUGAAUCCUAUCCCCUCUCCUUCCAAGUGGAUACUUAGAGACCCUAUCAUUCAUAUUUAGAAGUAAAAGUCAAAAGAAAAAAAUAGAAAAGAAACCAAAAUGUAUAUAAAACAGUUCUUAUGCUUUAAAAUUAUGAUUGAUUUUUAAGCAUUGGAACUAGCAAAGGGAUAUUUAAAAUUCAAGAAGCUAUUACGAAUUACUAGAGAAUAUAUAUAAUAAAUUAACUUUUCGCUCAUAGUAUUUUGUUAUUGGAUGCUUUCUUCCAAGAAUUCUCACAUAUUUAAUUUUGGUUUAUGCUAUUUGGGCUACAGAUGGGCAGGGGGUGGACAGAUUCCAUUGUGUCAACAUAAAUGCUCUUUACAGUAUUUCUAGACUCUAAAACUUCCCCAAAUAGAAGAACAGAGGAAAUGAUGGGCAGGAUCCUAGGCAAUAGCUAAAGGUAUAAGUUAUCUAAUUAUAUAAAAUAAAUGGAAUUAGUAAUGCCAAAAUUAAAUUGUUCUGUGAAAAAGAGAGAUCUGCUUCUACUCAAUGUCAAAAUACAUAAACCAAAGGCAUUAUUUUCUUCCAAUUCAAUCAUGAAGUUUAUGACUUCCUUUUGAGAACACCUAGUAAAGUGUUUGUAGAAUUACACAAAACAAAAGACUUAAUCAUCACAAAAAGUGCAGACCCAGUAUUGUAAAUCAGACCGCACACCAGCACCAAGCACAGCUCAGCCUUCAGCUCCUUGCCCUCAGCUCUAAGAAGAGCUUCCUAUGGUAUCAUGCUAGCAACAAAACAUGGAAGGACAGCCUACUACUGAGACAAAUUUUCAAAUCUAGAAUGUUCCAGAAAAUCAAGGAGAGAUGACUACUCUGAUAAUUGAACCAUGAUUCAAAACGUAGUAUUUAUUUAAUCAGUACUUCAUUUGGCUGAUAGAAAUAUGAAAUCUGAACAGAAACAUGGCAAAUUUGACCAUUUCAAGUGAAACUAAGGUAAUGCAAAAGUUAUGUUCUCAACUGUCAUCUCUCUAAAAAUACAUUUGGGUCAAAACAAAAGGCGGCAAACUCUUUGAUCAUAAGUUAAAUUGAUAUGUACAUAUGUAGUUCCUGGAUCACUCCGUAGUCAAGCUCUCCACAUUCUAUUUAUGUAAAUGGCUUCUUAGAAUAAGAGUAGUAUAGCAAGAACCAAUAUUUCCCAUUUUGUAGCCUGCCAUGCAGGAGACCUAGCAAGGUCCACAGUUGCUAUUUCUCUCUGGUCAGCCAUUCAUUCCACAGAGACUCAGCAAAAGCCACACCACAGAUUUAUAGAUUGUAACCAAUGAAAGGGGUUCAGACUAUGUUAUUAUAAAUAAUGUUUGAUUAAAUAAUAAAACAUUAUUUCAUUACAAUUCUAAAUAUUUGGUGUUUUGCUAUUGAGAGACAUUAGUGGUGUUUACUGUGGAAAAUCGUAGUAAAUAUUCUGUGUACUAUAAUACAAACAAUAAUAGGAUGUGUGCUCCGUGUCAGACAAUGUGCUAAGCAUUAUCACAUGUAUUAUCUCAUUUAGUCAUCUCUGCAAUCUCUUGAUUUGGACACUAUCAUUAGUUCCUUCUGGAGGCAUUAUGGUUUAGUAGUUAUGAAAUAUGGGGCUUGGGGUCUGAAACAUCUUUAUUUAAAUUUUGGUCCUGCCAUUUACUAGCCCUUUCAUCUUCAGAAAGCUAUCUUUUUCGCAGUCUCGAUUUCCUUAUUGUGAAAUGGACUUCAGUAAUGAAAUCUAUUUCCAUAGGGUUUUCACAAGUUUUAAGUAAAAUUGUGUAUUGUAAAGUUCUUACCACAGUAUCUGAUGGAGAAUAAGUAUUCAAUGUUAGAUAUUAUAAUUAUCAUAAUUGUUGUGUUAAAUAUAUUGCCCAAGAUACUAUGUGGAGGAUGUUUGUUUUCUAUGCAUAUUGUAUCCUGACUGUGUGCAGAACACAUUAUGUGUCAUGCAUAUACUGAAAAGAAGCUUACAAGGAAAUGAUGGUCCUUUUUCAAAUUGCAAAUCUAGCUAGAACAACUUCCUAGUCCAUUGUGGUUCUUUGAGAAGCCUCAGGGAAAUAGCUCUGGGUCUUUCUAGCCAAUCUCAUAUUUCCUGUGGCUACUCCAGUAAGUUUCUGUUCUCCUAAACAGUCUUUACUAUUCAAAAAUCUCAAAAGGCCCCCUUCCCUUCUCUAAGCAUGGGGCUCCUAACUGGAGUCCAGGUCCAUUAGAGUAUAGGAAGAACAUACUAGAAUGAUACUUGUGUUUAUUUUUAUCUAGUUUUUUUAUGUUUGUGUAUGUUUUAUAAUGGCUAAUAGUACAGUGGUACAUGUACAUAAUUUUAAAUAAAUAAAUAAACAAAUAAACAAACAAACAA